AGGGAACCUGAAGGACCGCUCGUAUAAUCUCUGAGAUUAGAGAGUCACUAAGCCGUUGAAAAUGGUGCAGCGUCAGACUUACUCUCGCCACGUGUCUUGGAACACCAAGUCCAACAAACACCGCUUCUUGAAGACUCCCGGUGGUCGAUUGACUUACCAGGUAUACUCACUUCAAUUGCAGUUCUAAUCGCAAAUUUGGAAAUCUAAAUUUUAGCUCUUUAACUGUCUGUCCUCCCGCCGAGCUAGGUGUUUUCUCCCACAGCAAUAAGAGCGCAGCUAUCUAGAUUCUUAUCACUCUAAGAAUCUCGACUCUGUAAUCUAAAUUUGACGUUCUCCUAACCUCGACCUGAAACCAUCAUACUCAAACCUACAAUCCUAAACCAUCACAAACAAACCCAACUUCUAAGCUCGAACCACGAACAUCUUAACAGAUCGUCAAGAAGAAGGCGAGCAAGCCGAAGUGCGGUGACACCGGAAAGCCUUUGGCUGGUAUCCCGACUCUCCGUCCUCACGGAUACAAGACUCUGCGCAAGCGCUCUCGUAAAGUCUCCCGCGCCUAUGGUGGUACCCUGUCCGCCGGAGCUGUCCGUCAGCGGUACCUUUAUAGACUUAUUUAGAUUUGCUUGUGAUGAAUCUCGUAUGUUCAUGUUGUUUUCUGGAGAUGUAGUUUUUGUAGGUCAAAAUGAGUUCCUAGGGAACAAGUCUGUGAAGUUGUAAAUCUGCAUUUAUCCUGAUCAUGUGUGCUACAUUUCCUCCUAAAAAUCGCUUGAUCUACUCCUCGUGGUCUCCUGAAAUACAUCUGCACUUCUCAACUCCUCCCAUCUAGUACACACACUCAACACUACUACAACAGCGUCGUCCGUGCUUUCUUGAUUGAGGAACAGCGAUGCGUGAAGCAGGUCCUCAUGGAGAAGGAGAAGCUGAAGAAGGAAGAUGAAGCCCCCGUCCAGAGCAAGAAGAAGAAAGACAAGAAGUAAAGCGACUGCCUAAGAGCCUGCUCUUUUUCACAACAUAAUGGACAUGAUCAGACAUUUCAUGUUGAAGAUGAGAACUCUUGCGGAUGUGACAAUAUGUUGAGACCUUUUUUUGAAGGUCACUCUCCUCAGGGACUAGUAGUUUUGCAGGAGCAGCCUGACGGAGGUAUACUAACCUGCCUGGGUACAAGGAGCCUGAAAGCUGAUGUGCCUGUGCUGCUAAUAACUGAGAAGAUGCAGAGGAGCGCCCAAACAGAAGAUGAAGCGUAAACGUGGGCUUUUGCUUUUCUAAAUGUGAAGAACAAGAAGAACCACCAUGAGAUUGAAGUGGCAUCAGCCGAUCGGAAGACGAAUCGAGCUGUUUGCGAGCUUUAGGCAGUCUGCACAACAGGGGGGUCUAGGGGGUGAAUCUCAACAAUGUUGAAAAGGAAUCUUUAUCUUUUAACAUGAAUUGCUUUGGAUCCGUCUCCUGGACUAUUUCACGUGGCGAGCGUCGGUUGAGAGAGAAGUGACGAACGGUCAAAAUGAACUUCGUUGCGACAGCAUCUACAUCUUAGAUGCUGUUGCUGCUGGAGGGGAGCAGCCCUGUGUUAGUUCCCAUGUUUAGUGUACGAACAGUAGUGUGGGUCAGGGUGUUCGCGCGGAAAAGCCGAUCUUCCAAAGAUUUCUGUUUCCGUCUGAGGAACAAGAUGUUUUAC